AUGGAUGUCGGACCAGGACACAAGACACAGGAGAGUAAGGAUGGCGAGGAGGACGAGUUAGGGAGUGGAUUCAGGAUCGGACCAGAAGCUGCACUCACUACCCCGCGAUCAACGAUAAGCCACCCAGCAAAGGCAGGAGACCCGAGCAUUAACACGGAGGCUGGAGGCGGCAGCGGCAGCGGCUGGGGCCGGACAGGGCUAGCCCUGCCUGUAGGGCUGGCUAGGGCGUACCUCAACCCCACCCAGCGACCCUUAUCCCUCCACCCAGUCUUAUGCCUACUUGCAUCAUCCGCCGUCCUUAACCAUCCUAUUGUCGGGUCUUGUAUUCAAUACUCUCUCUCUCGAUUCUACCGCGCCCCCGAUCUUGCCCAAUAUACUCUUGUAACGCCGCAUGCCUUACUCACGCUACCAUAUCCUCACGCCGCCAUCACGCAGCCUCCAAGUCCUCCCCUCGCCACUGAUCCACACCUUUUUCUCAAUGUCUCGGCUUUGCCUAGCCCACCUCUAGCCUCUGCCAACGACAGCGCGUGCUCGGCGCCUCCCACGCCCAGAUACGCCUCAGAGCGCCAAUGUCUUUCGGCGACAGAACAUCCCUUCUUCUCCUUCGGACCAUGA